GAGCGGGGCGGGUGGGCCGGGGGCAUGGGUCGCCCGGAGAAGGGCUGCCGGCAAUGGGGGCAGCCCCGGGCUCGGUCCUCGGCUGCGGGGGCAUCACGGUGUCCUCCGGGGGCGAGGGGUCAGCAGGGGCUCUGCACCUCCGUCCCAUCUGCUGAAGGAAACGCCCGCCCGUGGGUCUCUCCCGGGGAGGGCUCCCCGCAAGGACCAGGGUGAUGUGCCGGGCGUCCUCACCCGGUCACGCGUGGGGGACCCUGGGAGUGUUGGGGGCCCAUCUCCCCUUGCCUGCCCUCCUCCAGGAGGAGGCCUGAGCCUCUGCCCCCGGCAGCCGCCCGGCCCGGCGGGGAAUGGAGCCCGGCAGGUCGGUGCCGGCGGAGCAGAAGCUCCGCAAGCCCUCGCAGCGGGCCAGGAUCCCGGCGCCUUUCUUCACCCACCCGGAUGGGGCGGCCGAGCCGGCGGACCCCCCCGGGCAGGACCCCGCGGAGGCGGACGCGGACUUCCUGGUGCCCACGCACGACGAGCGGGGCCGCCCCAUCCCCGAGUGGAAGCGGCAGGUGAUGGUGCGGCGGCUGCGGGCCCGACUGGCGGACGAGGAGUCGGCGGGCAGCCAGGACGCGAGCUCCUGGCGCUUCUCGCCCUCCCGCCAGGCCGUGCUAGGCCCCUUCGGGGAGCUGCUGACCGAGGCAGACCUGCAGCAGCUGGAGCGGGCGGUGGAGAGCCUGCGGCUGCGGCGGCGGGGUGAGGCGUACCAGGGCGAGCUGCGGCGCCUGGCGCGGGAGCUGCGCGCCCUCCUGCCCGCCCCGCUGUUCAGCAUUACCGUGCGGAGCGCCCCGCCCGGCCCCGGGCAGCCCCUGCCCCUCUGGUGUGGCCGCCUGGCCGGCGCCGUCAGCAGCCUGGCCGCGCUGCUGGCCCACGCCGAGGGGGCGCGGAUCGCCUCCCCCGCCGCCGCCGCCGCCGCCGCCGCCCCCCCCGGCGCCGCCGGCGGGCAGCCCCGGGAGCCGGCGGGCAGCCUGGCGCAGCGGGAGAUCCGGCAGUGCGGAGUCUGCGUCCGCAGCCUCCGCGGCGCCUUCGAGCCCCCGUGGGGGGCGGCGGAGGGGAAGGCGGCCGGGGGGAGCGGUGCGGAGGCCGCCAGCGACUCCGGCAUCAGCUGCGAGGAGGCGUUUUCCGACGGCGGCGGCUCCCCGGGGCCGGGGCCGGGGCCGGAGUGGGGCAGCCUGAGGAAGGAGCGGAUCGUGAUGCUCUUCCUGAGCCACUGGAGACGGUCCACCUACGGGCCCCCCCCGCCGGCCGCCGGGGACCCCCGGGAGGCAGCGGGGACCGGGGAGAGGGGGGCGGCCCGCCUGGCGCGGCAGAGGGCUGCCAUCCAGCGGCUUCUGGGCGGCUGGCGGGAGGCCGCCUCCCGUCGCCCCCCGCCCCCCGCCGCCGGCCGCGCCCCGCUCUCCCCGGAGCAGUUCGUGGAGAGGGCCGGGGGGGGGCCGGCCGACUACGAGAGCCUGACGCUGGAGCUCUUCAUGCUGGGCUAUUUCCGCAUCCUGGAGCAGGAGCUGCCCCCCGAGGAGCGCCGCGGCCGCCACCUCCUCUGCUUCGAGGUCUUCGAGCAGCUGGGCCGGCACGGCUGGCGGGCGGUGCGCGCCUUCCACCGCGCCGUCACCGACGAGAUCGCCGCCGGCCGGCGGGGCUGGCAGGACGGCUUCGACGACAUCAAGGCGAAGUAUUUCGGCUCCCCCCAGAGCUCACCUCGGCGGCCGGGGGAGGCCGGAGGAGAGGGGGAGGAGAUCUGCCGCUACAUCGACCGCAGCUUCGCCUUCUGGAAGGAGAAGGAAGCCGAGAUCUUCAGCUCGGAGGAGUGAUGCCCGCUGGCGGGGGGGCGGGAGGGCUGCGUGAAGCCGCGGGCUGCAAUAAACGCCUUUCCGGUUCUGUCCGA